CUCGAAGCACCGCAAUGGGGAACUCUGACAAUCUCUGAGACCGGAAAAUCUGCAACACCUUUUUUUGCACGGCGGACCGAUGGUCGCGAAGGAGGGAUGGCCAUCCAGCCCGUCAGGCAAGGCAGCGCACCAAACAAUACGAAAAUACAAAGGCAAUGUGAGACAGUGAGUGCUAGAUUGAAGCAUGCAGAGGGAGAACAAGAAGAAGAAAGGGGAAGAGAAACGGCAAUGUGUGGGCAUCCUGGUAAGAUCCAGCAGACCCUUUAUCUUUCAAUAUCUGCAAAAACUGUUGGUGUGAAGACGAACCUCCUCAAUUACCGACCACCCUUGGCAUGGCAAACAUGACCUACUCUCGUGGCAGCGGCAAACAUACGACGAAACCAGGACGAGGAAAAAAUCGGGUGAGGAUAACUAAACAAGAAUCUCUGAUGUCUCGGACGCCGCGGCCUUCUCAGAGCGUCCCGGAACGCUCUGAGAACGUUCUGGAUCGCUCUGGAACGGAUUGAUCCUUGUCCUGGCCCCGUCCGAAAACAACCACUUGAAACAGACGACCCGCAUGCCAACACAGAAUGGAAAAAGCGAGCACAGUCUACGAUCAGAAAAGCUCUGCAAGCAACACCUUGCGCUCUGCCCUGGUGGCUACGAAUCCUCGGCCUCUCUGCGUUCGGAAGUGCCUUUCGCUGAUCCGCCAACCAUGGACACAUACAUAUAUAUAUACAACAUUAAAAAAAUGAACGCAUUAACCACUAUAUGUCCUCCGUUGCCAAGCACUUGAGACUACAACCAAAGCGUGCUAGAACCUGCGCGCGAGGUUCUGGUGAAGGAAUACAUGGUGUCUGUGGAACUCUGGGCAGUCGAGUCCUUACACAACCACUGCAUCACUACUCUCACCCCAACACAGCGUUCGCCUGGUAUGUGCAUCACUGAUGACAACAUUCUCCAUAUCCAAUAUUCCAAGUGCCGAUGCCCAACCCAACUUUUCGUGGAUCCACUCCACAGAACGCAAAGGGCUCCUGGCUGCAAGGAUGUAAGAAAACAUGGUUUUGCCAAUGCAGGCAUAUGACAUGUAAAAUCCUUCGGCUGCGGAAUAGUUGAAGAACAUGUUAGGACCCGCAGUAACGUCGACCGUGCGGUUGAAUAGUCCGAAACCCUCUGUGCAAUUGCCUGGACGAAGAGGGUCUUUCGAUCGAUAUCCAGCAUUCAUGACGGUGAUGUUGACGCGCCACAACCCCAUCUGAGUGACUGUGUUAGUGUAUCGAUACUCGUCGGUGUAAACCGUCCAAUUCAGGACACCGCACUUUCUCAUCAUAUCGGUCGGGAUCGUCGGCUCAUUGGUUGCAACAACGUACCACACACCAUUCAGAUCCUCUUGACGCCACUUGCUCGGAUGAACGCCUGGCUGACCAAUUGCGUCAAAGUCUGGGCAGGAGUAGGCAUCGGCAUGAGCCAGAGUAAUGAAAACAAGCAGCCAAACCUCUCCGGCUCUCAUGGCUAGGAAACCUCUCGUGGCACCAAGCCGGAGGCAAGCCUCGAGCAACAGGCCUCAGCCGCGGCGGCUAUGGAAGCUGUGCUGAUCACGCGCGUUCGGGCACACUGCGCCGAGGCGCAGAUGCGCGCGCCGUGCCUGCUGGGCCGGCGACGCACGGGCAGAUCGUCGAGGCGCGGGAAAUGCGCCCGCGAUGUCGAGACGGAGGCCAGAGCCCAGAUCUCGCCAGUCCAUGGGCGCUGCGUAGGGAGCAGAAAAUGCACCCUCAUAACAAGCACACCGACACGCGAAGCCGCUUACUAAACACGCCCAUAGACUAGAAGGAAUCGAACAGGACAAAAAUGUUUAGUCAACUAUAGCUUGCACCUGCAAUGAUGCGAAACUCUCAAUUGUUGAAGAGAGCGCGGAUUUUCCCGACGUGCGCAGUACCCGACUGCUGUACUGCCUGCACACAGUGUGGCUCAACGAAGCAGAACUCCGUAAGAUAGAUGCUCUCCAAGAGCAUUGCCUCCGAAAAGUGGCCGGCAUAGCGCACGCGCUGCCCCGUCGGGUCUCGAACGGUGGCGUCCUGGCCCCGUGAAGCGGCCAGAAAUGAAGCAGCCGAUCAGCACACCGGCAGCUCGUGCUGCUGGGGAUGGUGGCCUGGGGAUGCCAGACGACAGCGCUGUCCGACGCUGCGCUUUCGCCCACGGGGUCGUCUUCCUAGCUCGGGGGGAUCGCUGGAAGCGCGGGCGGCCGGCGGAAGAAGCACGCGGAAGCGCACCGGACUUCCCGUGGCCUGCGGUGCACCAGACGACGCAGACCGAGCGCCUCAACUGGCAGUCAGAUCGCGCCACCACAGGGGAAGGCCGAAGAAGGAACGGAGGAGCUCCGUCUAGCCUUAGGUCGGGCGUGUCGCCCUACGGGCAGAUCUUGGACGCAACAUGAAAAAUACCCAGAACAUAUUCAAGAUGUGCAUAUAUAUA